GCGGGCGCAGGCGUGGGGCUGCAGCACGUGGGAGGGCGCUGGCAGGGCUGGCCGCCGCGUUCUUGAGCUCUGGUCUCCGCGGCAAGGCCCACUCUCGGCUCCCGGGCCCGGAGACUCCACCGCCCGCCUGCCGCACCCACAGGCCGGAGGACCACGCGCCCGCUGCUGCCGGCCUCCCGGCGUGCCCAUGAUCACCCUGUGCCUUUCGGCUGUGCGAGGCCUCCACAGAGCUGGUGGUUCCCGGAUUCUGCUCAGAAUGACGUUGGGAAGAGAGCUGGUGUCUCCGCUUCAGGCUGCAUCUUCCUACGCCACCGCUGCUGGCAGGAACGUGCUAAGAUGGGACCUUUCUCCAGAGCAGAUCAGGAUGAGGACAGAAGAGCUCAUCACACAGACCAAGCAGGUGUACGACGCUGUGGGGACGAUCGACCUGAAGGACGUAACUUACGAGAACUGUUUGCAGGUGCUGGCCGAUGUGGAAGUCAAGUACAUAGUGGAGAGGACCAUGCUGGACUUCCCUCAGCACGUGUCGUCUGACAGAGAAGUGCGGGCCGCGAGCACAGAAGCAGACAAACGGCUUUCUCGUUUUGAUAUUGAGAUGAGCAUGAGAGAAGAUGUGUUUCAGAGAAUUGUUCGUUUACAAGAAAACUGUGAUUUGGAGAAGAUAAAGCCUGAAGCCAGGCGAUACUUGGAAAAGUCAAUUAAAAUGGGAAAGAGGAAUGGACUCCAUCUUUCAGAGCAAGUAAGAAAUGAAAUCAAAUCAAUGAAGAAAAGAAUGAGUGAGCUAUGCAUUGACUUCAAUAAAAACCUCAAUGAGGAUGAUACUUUCCUCGUAUUUUCCAAGGCUGAACUUGGUGCUCUUCCUGAUGACUUCAUUGAGAGUUUAGAAAAAACAGAUGGUGAGAAGUACAAGGUGACCUUGAAGUAUCCCCACUAUUUUCCUGUCAUGAAGAAAUGUUGUGUCCCUGAAACAAGAAGGAAGAUGGAGAUGGCUUUUCAUACCAGGUGCAGACAGGAAAACACUGAGAUUCUGCAACAGCUCCUUCCACUGCGCGCACAAGUGGCCAGACUUCUCGGCUAUAACACCCAUGCUGACUUUGUCCUUGAACUAAACACUGCAAAGAGCACAAGCCACGUGGCAGCCUUUCUAGAUGAUUUAAGCCAGAAAUUAAAACCCCUGGGUGAAGCAGAACGGGAGUUUAUUUUGAACUUGAAGAAGAAGGAAUGUGAAGAGCGAGGAUUUGAGUACGACGGAAAAAUCAAUGCAUGGGAUCUCCAUUACUACAUGACACAGACCGAGGAGCUCAAGUACUCAGUGGACCAGGAGUUCCUCAAGGAAUACUUUCCCAUCGAGGUGGUCACGGAAGGCUUGCUGAGCAUCUACCAGGAGUUGUUGGGACUGUCAUUUGAGCAAGUGGUGGACGCUCACGUUUGGAAUAAGAGCGUUUCACUCUACAGUGUGAAGGAUAAAGCUACUGGAGAAGUGCUGGGGCAGUUCUACCUGGACCUCUAUCCAAGGGAAGGAAAAUACAACCAUGCCGCCUGCUUUGGUCUUCAGCCAGGCUGCCUUCUUCCCGAUGGCAGCCGGAUGAUGUCUGUGGCCGCCCUGGUAGUGAACUUCUCACAGCCCGUAGCAGGCAGGCCUUCUCUCCUGAGACACGAUGAGGUGCGGACUUUCUUCCAUGAGUUCGGUCACGUCAUGCAUCAGAUUUGUGCGCAGACUGACUUCGCACGAUUUAGCGGAACAAAUGUGGAAACCGACUUUGUAGAGGUCCCAUCACAAAUGCUUGAAAACUGGGUGUGGGACAUUGAAUCCCUGCGGAAACUGUCAAGACAUUACAAAGAUGGAAGCCCUAUCACAGAUGAGCUGCUUGAGAAGCUCGUCGCUUCUAGACUGGUCAACACAGGUCUUCUGACCCUGCGCCAGAUUGUCCUGAGCAAAGUUGAUCAGUCUCUCCACACCAACGCGUCGCUGGAUGCUGCGAGUGAAUAUGCCAAAUACUGCGCAGAGAUUUUAGGAGUUGCAGCCACACCAGGCACAAAUAUGCCAGCUACUUUUGGACAUUUGGCCGGAGGGUAUGAUGGCCAAUAUUAUGGAUAUCUUUGGAGUGAAGUCUUUUCCAUGGACAUGUUUUACAGCUGUUUUAAAAAAGAAGGGAUCAUGAAUCCAGAGGUUGGAAUGAAAUACAGAAACCUAAUCCUGAAACCUGGGGGAUCUCUGGACGGCAUGGACAUGCUCCAGAAUUUCUUGCAACGUGAGCCAAACCAAAAAGCAUUCCUAAUGAGUCGAGGCCUGAAUGCUUCAUAGACCGGGGAUCCUGGGAACCAUCCAUGUCUGGAGGACAAAUCAACAGCGCCAUGUGUUGCUGGCCUGGAGACUGAAGGGAGUUUUACAAAUGAAAACUUAGAUUUCUAUUGAUUUGCUUUUGUUUUUUAAUUUUAAAAAUUAUACAGAUGUAAAUGGAAUUAUAAAUACUGUGACCUAAGAAAAGACCCACUAAAAAUAAUUGUACUAUAAAAUUUCAUAAAAAUGGAUUUGAUUUCUUUUGAUAAAAGUUUCAUAUGAAUGUAAUUUGAUUUUUUUACUAUUAUAAUCUAGAUAAUAUAAUGUAAGAGGGCUAAGAAUUUUUUAAUUGAAUCACAAACAUGAUAUAAUUUGAUCCUUCUUAUAUCUUGAAGUUUUAUACUUGAGAUUUCUGGAUUGGUAAAUGAAUCAUCACAUUCUGUCUGGUAAAUAUUUUCUCAGAGCCCUGCAUCACCUUUGACCCUCUGCCUCACAGCUGAGUGUCACUUGGCCUCUGACUGCAUGUCUCAAGGCCAGCGGAAUAUGCCUCAGUAAUGACGUUUAUCUUUUGUACAGUGGGCUUUGAUUCUCCGCUUUCUAUCACACUUAAUUAUGUUUCUCCACUAAGAUUUGGGUUUUUUUCUUCCUAAAGUUCAAUUAGAUACUGUUUUUUUAAUUCAGUUUUAACUGGCCUAAUGUGUGUUACAAGUUCUGUGUCCUGCACUAGAAGCCCAGUUCCACUUCCGCUGGAAAGAUGUCAGGUCUCAGCGUGCAGUCACGAGUGAGGAGAGGAGAGAAACUCCAGAAGUCUUCUGGAUUCUAGUGUUUCUUUUAGUUUUGCUAUGUGUUUGUUUCUUUUUAUUUUGCUUUUCUUUUGUUUGUUUGAGAUAACAUCUCACGUGGAGCCAGAUUAGCCUGGAACUCAUGGUAAUUCCCCUGCCUCAGCCCCCACAUUCAGCUCAGUUCUCAUGUUUCUGACAAUGGAUUGUGACUUGGCCUCCCUUAUUGAACACCUCCCUGGAAGCAGUAGGUAGACAUGUCAGAGUGACGUCAGAUGCUGAGGCGGGAGCUAAGAAUUGUCACAACUUCUCCAGAGCAGGUGGACUUUGUGUUAAAUAGAGCACUAUGUUGUGUAAUAAAGUCACACAGAGCAGGGAGUGCCAGGGACUCGCACACAGAAAGAAAGCCCUGUUUCUGUGGUUUGGUUUGGUUUGUGCUGGGCAUCCAGCCUCUGACUUCUUCACCCUUGCCAGGCAAGCGCUCAGCUCUCCUCAGCUGUUUUCAUGGUGAUCUUAGAAAUCUCUGGAAGCUUCUCCUAUCUCUGCCUACCCCCACCCCCAACUUAUGUUUUCCACUUUCAGACAAAAAAAAAAAAGAAAUCUCUCUUCAGCUUUUUCUAUUAUUGCCCAGUGUGUCUCCUUCAGAACAACUUUAUCGUAAAUCUUAUUUCACUUGGAAAAGCUAACAGUGUGUAAAAGACGGCACACAAUAAAGUUACAUCAUUGUCCACAAGAACAA